AUGUUCGUGGGCCCUUCGGCCCUGAGGCUACAGAGGCCCUUUUAUAGCGCAGCAGCAGCAGCAGCAGCAGCAGCAGGAUCAGCUGCAGCAGCAGCAGCAGCAGCAAGGUCAGCAGCAGCAGCAGCAGCAGCACGAAGCAGAAGCUUCGCUGCUCCAGAGAAGAUGGAUUUCCCGCAGACGGUUUUCGUCCUCGGGGGCCCCGGCGCCGGCAAAGGCACGCAAUGCAGCUUAGUGUCUCGCGAGUUCUCUAUACCGCAUAUAUCCGCAGGGGACUGUCUGCGUGAGGAGCAAUCGAACCCCGACAGCCCUUACAGCAAGCUGAUUGACGACUGCAUCAGAGAAGGGCGCAUCGUGCCGGUGCGCAUCACCAUGACGCUGCUGCUGCGCAAAAUGCUGCUGGCGAAUUUUCGGGGUUUAUUUUUGAUUGAUGGAUUUCCGAGAAAUGUCGACAACUUGGCGGGCUGGCUCUCCAUGACGAGCGAGGCGAACUUGCCGCGGGAAAUCCUGCGGCUCUCGCGGGCCUACUCUUCGGAUUUGUCUUUUGUGGAAAAGUGCAAAGAGGCUUUAAGUCGCAUGGGGUACAAACCCUCAAAAGGGGACUUUGAGGAGGGUUUGGAAGCAGCAGCAGCAGCAGCAGCAGCAGCAGCAGCGGCAGCAGCAGCGGAGCCUGCUGCAGCAGAGCCUGCUGCUGCAGCUGCGGCGGACCUCGAGGAGCUGACCGCGGAGCUGCGGCGCCGCUGCGGCAGCAGCAGCAACAGCAGCAACACCAGCAGCAGCAGCAGCAGCAGCAGCAGCGGGAGCUUCGUGAAGCCGCUGCUGCUGCUGUUUUUCGAGUGUCCGGAAGCAGAAAUGCUGCGGCGGAUUCUGGAGAGAGGAAGGACGAGCGGAAGGGCCGACGACAACGCGGUGUCUGUACAGAAGAGAUUGAAAACUUUCCAAAAAGAAACUCUUCCAAUUGCUGCUGCUUUUCGUGCUGCUGGCUGCUUCCAGCUGCUGCAGGCCGGGCGGCCCAUAGGGGAGGUGUGGGGCGAGGUGCAGCAGCUCUUCGAGCCCUACAGGGCGCUGCAGCAGCGGGCGCUCGCUGCGGCCGGGGGCUCCAAACCCUAA